CUGAAUCAAUCAAAAAGAUGCUGGAAAACCUGCCACCAAAACGAAUUUGUAAAAAAAUAUUUCCUGCUUUGACGAAAACUAAAAAGGCGAAAUUUAUUACGAAGCACAAAAUAUUCAGCAGCCAAGGGAGGCUAAGAUCAACACGUGCAAGACAAAUUUCAAAACUAUCUAAGGUUAAAUGCAAAUUCUCAAACAAAUCAACUAAAAAUAAAAAAGUAUUACAUCAUAAAGCGGAGAAGAUGCUUUCAAAAAACAAGACAAAAAAGUUAACCUUAGCUACUUUUUCAAAUAAUGUAGAAAGAGAUAAUGGCCGAAAUUUUAAGAAUCUAAACGACAAAUUAGUUCCAGCUGGUACAACAUCGGGCAACACUUUUUGUAGUAUUACUAAUGUAGGAGCAGACAUAGGUAAAUGUGGAACUCCGUCGUUGCCUUCAAAAGAGCCUUCGACUGCUGUGGAAUGUGCGGCUGAAAUAAUAAUCUCUGCUCCCGAACACGGAAAUUUCUUAACCGAAAGUCGAGUUUGUGACAGCUUACGUUCAAACAAAUCGGGACAACAAACAGAUUUACAAAAACAGACGGCUUUAUGUGCAUCAGGAAAUAUGAACUCAAAAAACAACUCGCAAUAUAUCGACACCGCAACUUGCAGUAAGAAAAGAAGUAAGAAAAUUAAUGACUGCAUUGCAAUGCUCACUGGGAAAUUGGAAGAAAAACUAAAGACUGAACAAAAUUCGUUUAACAAGGAUGAGCCAUACAUGGAAACAGAUAUAAAUAAUGAGCACAAAAGCAAAUCAAGCGCGGAAAUAAAACCACCUAAAAGGAAAACGGUAUCACGAAAGAUUAUUAAAAUGGACAAUGCGACACCCCAGCCGACGGUAGCUAAAGUUCAAACAGCACUAGAAUCUUUAACUAGAACUCCAUCAAAUAUUCCGAAAUUACCAAACGCACCGGUCGUUGCAAACGCACCACUUGAAAAACUGAUACCACUUUCAACUUCCUCUAGUACAAUAACUGCUUCAAAACUAAGUGUUCAGACUAAUGCAAAUGUGAAUUACCUUAAUAAGAACACUAAUAUUAACUUGUCACAGGAAAAUACAAAAUGCCCCCUGCUAAAUAAGCAAACACCAUUAAUAACAGCAAAUAUAGAUCCGAUUGCAUCAACAAUAGUUCCGAUUACCUUGGCUUCUUCUGAUUUUGAUACUGCUUUAUUGAUGCCAAAACCGCCCCCUGCAGUAUUUGUGAAUAAAAUACCACCAUCACUAUCGAAACCCAGCGCAAUGACUGAAUUGGUUCCUCCUUUUCCAACGUUGCCGCUUACUCAUCCGAUGCAAAAUAUGCCAGUUAAUAAUAUACCACCACCACCGCCUGUUUUAGCAGUAUUACCACAACCACCUCUUUUACCAACUCCAGUAUCUAUCACUCCUUUAGUACCUGUGGCAGCUAUGGCGCCUAUGUCAGCCAUAGUUCCAGGGGGUCCAAUGACGCCUAUUUUGCCUGUGGCACCAUUAUUCAAUUCAGAACCUUUGAAUUUAUCCAACACGAAAAGUGUGAAGAAGCAUACUCCAAACGAACUACUUUGUUUUAAUCCAUAUCGGGGUGGCAGUGGCAUACCGGUAAGAAGACAAACAAUUUGUGGUUUUGAGGCAAGAAAUUUCAUUCUGGAAGACGAACCAUUGGACCUCUCCAAAAAAUCGGGCAAAGAUCAAACACAGGAUGCAUCUGCUGUAAUGACGUUAACACCUCUUAUAAAACCUAUUGAGACGCAUUCCAUAACUCCAGUAGGCAUUAACAUGACUAUGGCUCCACCUAAUGAUGCUGUUUUAAACAAGCAAUUUUAUUCUAAUCUGGAACUUUUAAAAAUACCACAAAUACGAAAUCCUGGAAAUACGACUACCACAGAAACGGUUUUGGUGAAUCCCACUCCUAAAUGCUCUUCCAGAAAAAGGAAUUCAAGCAAAAACACCAACGAAAAUGCUUCGAAGCCAGUAACCACAAAUAGCGGCAAAGGAGCUAACAAAGAAUCUUCGUUGCAUAAAAGGGAUAUUUUGGCGAAAGGAAAAACUUCUCUAAAAAUGGAUGAGGAAGUUAUUAAUCACAUUGACGACGCCAUAAACUCAGUAAUUAAUGCCGUGAAAGCAAGUCUGCCAGACAGUGAUGAAAAAGACAGUGACAAAACUAAUAAAUUGGCUCAGAAAAGUAAUCAUACACAUCCGAUUAAUCCAAUACCUGCAUUACAUCUAAGAAAUUCGACACCAGUAGAGCAACUUGUGCAAACGCAGCCAAUGGCAUCGCAAAUGGUUUUAGCGAAAUCAUCAUUGUCCGAUGCGGUAGUUAAUCUGCAAAAGACAAACGAAGAAGCAGCCGUAAUCGAAAAAGAUAAUUCCAAAGAAUCUAUAGUUUUUUUACCUCAAAAACGUUAUGUGCGAUCAAAAACUUUAGAUUGUCGUCCAAACGUACUAGCAACGAUGCCAGAAAUAGUGUUAGAUAGUUUGCACACAACCACAACGUUAACUACAUCUAAAAACUCUGAAUCUUCUCCAAAUAUUGAAAAUUCGUCACAAUGUAAAAUGAAAUCCAGUGUCGGUGACACCCCACUUCCAGGGUGCGAAACAAUAUCAUGUCAGAAAACUUGUACCGACUUAAGUGUUUCCAAUGAAACGCAAAUAAUUGAUAAAGAACCCUUAAGUUUUUCAACUGAGCCCAAUAAAGAAGUAAAUAAUUGCGUUUCACCUACAGUUGGGAUUUUCAACGAUAUAAAUCCUAAUCUCAUAACUGAGGAAAAUAUGAGCAACAUAAAUAAUACCUCAUCUGGUUUCCACAGCUGCGGCCAAGUAGAAAAUACCAUCGAGGCCAAAAAGAAACAGAGACGUCGACGUAAGAAUGAGUUGGCUGCGAUUGUGGCGGACCAACUUUUGGAAAGCUUCAAAAUUGAUAAAACACGUCGUGAUAACCUCAAAAGGCUAGAAAACUUAGCUUAUGAGAAAAGUGAGGAUCUAUUUGUAACAGGAAUGCUUUUAAUGUCAAGCACAAAACGAACUGUUACAUCUUCUAAGAACGAUCAACUAAACAACGAUGUAAGUUCAAGUAAAAACAUCGAGGCUGCAGGUCGGCAGAAGCAAGAUCAAAGCAAACCGAAAACAAGCAAAGCCCGACUAAAACAAAAUAUUACCUGUAACAAAUCUACUCAAGUUGUAGAUGAAGUGACACCAUCUAUAAGUACAAACAAUGAACCCAGUGAGAAAACCAAAGAAAAAGAUGUCACCAUCAAAAGAAAUAAAAAACGCAAUUAUCGUGGCAAAGGAAAACCGUUAGAUAAUGAGAAUAUAAGUAAGCUUAAGUCGUCACUUGAAUCAUUUUCCAUAGGCAUAGAAAAACAACUAACAGAGUUAGAAGCCAGGAAUUCGGCUCCCAUAAACGUUUCUGAAACAAAAUCUCAUUUACCGGCUGCUGCUAGAUCAUCGCUUUUAAGGCCAAGCAUCCUAUCUGCUAAUACUGAAACUAACAUUAAUAAUCAAAUAGCACCAACUGUAGAAACCAAAAGCGUUGUUUCCAGUCGCGAUCCGCGACUUAAUAAGAAUAUACACAAAAACGAAAAUAAUGAAAAUUCGGAAGCAUGUGACAGGGAAAAGAAUAUGGAAGAAAUAUGUGAUGUUGAAGAAGACAAUUAUCUCACAGAAAUAGCUAAAAACGUGAAUGAAAAGAUCAUGUCUGCUGAGAACGAAGAAUUCAUGUUUAUUAAUGAUGGGUUUGAAUUAGCCAAUGAAUUGCAAGACGAUUCGAAUAGUAAGUUUUAUAGUCGGCCGCCAACGUCCAUGAGUGUUAGAAGUGCUCCCAACUUUAACGACGAUCGUUCAAAUUUUGGAUCUAUUUGCGAUGAAAAUACAAAUACAGAAGUGAUGGACAUGGAUUUAGAAGAUGAACUUAGCGUGUAUACCAGUUAUUCACAAGACGUAGGAAGAGGACGGAGCAGAAGAAGACGUCGGAGAAGAAGCAUUUUACUGAAACGGAGACCAAAAAAACGUGUCAAUCAUGACUCUACUGCGGAGAAAUUUGAGUGUACUUUGUGUAAAAAAGUUUUUUAUACUCUACAUUCUUUAACAAAACACAAUAUGACAUUAGCUCAUGUAUCAAAAUUAUCUGCACAAGAAUACCUGCUAUCAAAAAGCUUGGAGAACACUCCGCCAAUAAUAUGUAAAGCCGUGGCUGAUAAUGAUCUGAAAACGAAUAUCUCAGCUGAAUGCAUUGCUUCAAAAAAAUCAGAGGACGGCAAUGAAAUGCAACGAUUAACUGAGAGAAAGGGAAACGAUGUCACUGAUAUACAAUAUAAUAAUUUAGAACGAGUUGAUGCUGUUGAUGGUAGCGAAAGACGAGAGCUAAAUGACGGCGGCAAAGUUAAAAUACCUUUUAACAACACGUCACGCUUAAAUCUCAAUCCAGAUGAGAGGUUAUUUUUCGAAUGUUGUAACAUAUUAAAAGGCGCGGAGACUGCCUGUGUCAAUAAUGAUAAGAACGGCCGAGGAGCUUUUGAAUAUAACUUCAAAGAAAAAUCCGAAAUAUGUUCAGUCCAAGGCAGCAUUUUCAAAUCGUUGAGGCCUGAAAUACUCAAAAAACAAAUCACAUUGGAACGAGUUAGUUGCAAAUCCGCUGCCUCUCAACAAGAAUUCAGAAGUCCCCCCGCACUUCAGUCAAACACUGCAACUAAAGGAGUUCCUACUAUUGCUGUUCGAGAUCAGUAAGUAUUAAACCUAGUAAAAAACCGUUGCUGGAGCGCGCUUAACCAUUUUUUAACGUAUUACGCGGUUAUUCAGUCAAGUUA